AUGGGCUUUCCAUCCUUCAUGCGCGGCGGACCUCCCCUCGGCAUGCCCGCGAGACGAUUCGAUGAAUACUAUCGUUGUUACCCCGUUAUAAUGAUGAAUGGACCCGACAGAAAGAACGUCAACUAUGGUGGCAAAGUCUUCUUACCGCCAUCGGCACUUGACAAGCUCACAAGAUUGCACAUUGCCUAUCCCAUGCUUUUCGAGUUGAUCAACGGCAACGCUGGCAAGACCACUCACGCCGGUGUUCUGGAAUUUAUCGCUGAAGAAGGAAGAAUCUAUCUACCACAAUGGCUUAUGCAGACUCUCGACCUCGACCCGGGCGACCUCCUCCAGAUCAGGUCAACCGACCUGCCCCCUGGCAAAUUCAUCAAACUCCAACCUCAAUCACCUGCUUUCCUUGACAUCUCCGAUCCUCGAGCAGUCCUUGAGAAUGCCUUUCGAAACUUCGCUUGCUUGACCAAGGGAGACAUAUUCACCUUUGAAUACAAUGAUCAAACGUACGAUAUCGCCGUGCUGGAGAUCAAGCCGGACACAGAUGCCCACGCGAUUGUGACCAUGGAGACCGACCUGGAAGUUGACUUUGCGACACCGGUCGGAUACGUUCCACCGGAACGAACCAGCGGAGCGAGCACACCUAGAAGUGGCAUCGGCAAACCUCGAGGCGGACCAGUCCACUUCCAGGGUACAAUGGCACAGUCGAUCAACUAUGAAAGCAUUGCGCCGGCCUCAACCACUGCGGCUGCGGGUGCCAAGGCCGUCUCAUCUCACUUCCUCUCGACCGGCCACAAGUUGAGUUCGAAGAAGGGUUCAAAGGCACCAACGCCUAAUCCAUCCACUCCGGUGGCAGGUGCAUCCACAAACUGGCCGAAACAACCAGUUCUACGUAAGACCAACGGACCUCAACCACUCAGACUACCUCCAGGGAAAUUGUUCUUUGGAUACCAAUUCAAACCUCUGCAGAAAAGAGACGAAAAUGGCGAGCCAGUAGCCGGCGAUGAAGUCAAGCCACACUUUCAAGGUCAGGGACAAACACUUCGAGCCAAGAAGAAGGCCGCAGGGACCGAUAGCGGGGCAGGCAGCGGUGUCAACAGCGAUGCUGAAGCCAAGCCUAAGGGGUCUGGCAGGGGACCUCGCUGA